UUUGACAAUCUCAGUUUGUUUCGUCAUCUUCGAUCGACCGUUCAUUCUCAAAACAUAUUCGAACUUUUUCGUUCGGGAAUUAACUUCCCUGUGUGAUAAAAUCAGAUUAAUACCAAUUUUAAACUAAGUUUGAACACAUCAGAACAAACAUGUCUGGUUUGUUUCGAGUUGGUGUCCGGUUUGUGAACCGCCCAGCAACAGUGAAGUUAAUUCUUCAACCAGAAGCAUGCUCCCCGAUACUGAUACCCUCCUGUAGCAUCUCUGGUAAGACACUGCGCGGUUCCAAUUUGAGCAGACCGAAGCCUUUCCCAUACCUCGAAAAGAAAUACACGGCAUUCCAAGCCUGUAAAGAUGUUCUGUUUAAAACGACUACUAACCGAUUCGACGAGAAUACAAAGGUUGUAGUUGUUGAAGGACCAAUUGCAGCGGGAAAGUCUGCAUUUGCCAAGGAGCUUGCCAUUGAACUAGAGAUGAAGUAUUUUCCGGAGGCAACUAUGGACGGCUGUUACAAAAAUUCAUAUGGGUAUGAUAUGCGUCAAUUAGAUCCUCGAUUACCGCUCAAUAUGCGAAGUUUCGAUGCUAACAACUUUCUGCAAGAUCCCACUAAUCGCAAUGUAGCGAGUUUUCAGCUUCGCAUGUUGGUUCAACGCUAUUCACAGUAUAUCGAUGCACUAGCCCAUCUUUUUUCCACUGGUGAAGGAGUUGUGUUGGAUCGAUGCGUGUAUUCUGAUUUUGUCUUUGUCGAAGCCAUGUUCAAAAAUGGGUUUAUUUCCAAAGGUGCUCGUUCUGUUUAUUAUGAUUUGGUCAAAAACACUUUUUCGGAGCUCAUGAAACCUCAUUUGGUUAUCUAUCUGGAUGUCCCUGUGCAGAAUGUGAAAGAUCGUAUCAAAAAGCGAUCUCAUCCAGCUGAAGUCAACUCGAAAGCAUUAACCGACAAAUAUCUAACAGACAUGGAACAAAUUUAUAAACAGCAAUAUUUGAAGGAUAUCAGUACCCAUGCUGAACUAUUAGUUUAUGAUUGGUCGAACUACGGUGAAACAGAAGUCGUUGUUGAGGACAUUGAACGAAUCGAUUUUGAUCGUUUUGACAAAGAUGAUACUCACAUGCGUGAUUGGCGUUUCGAGAAUGAAGAAGAUUGGACCGAAGCACGUGCUCGUUAUAUGGACAAGUUUGACCUAAUGAACUACUUUAACGUACCACGCUACGAUGUACCCGAGUUGAUUGUGUCACCAGAAGAUUACAAAGAAUGGUACGAAGUUUGGUAUGAUGCUCCUGGCAUGAAGUUCAGCAAGGGAUACAACGCUGAGUGCGGCGACCAAGGUAUUCUCACUAAGACGAAAAUAGAGAAACGUUUCUAGUGUUGUAAUUAAAUGAGAAUAUAUUGAAAUAUCUUUCGUUCA